AUGGUUCACGAGGAUGAGAGCAGCGACGACUACCCCAGCCUGCAGUACAUGAACUCCUCUGAUGACGACAGCAUGUUGUACCGGAUCCCUGCCAGCAUUGAAGACCAAGACUACAUGGGCAUUGAGACUGGAACCAUUGUUCCCUGCGAGCAGCAUGGGCUGCCAUGUGCUGGAUAUAUUGCAGGAAGGUCAGAACACUGUGGUUCUGUUCAAUGGGUUGACCCAGAGUGGCCUCCUACAAUGCAAAAUGCACUGUUGAAGCUAUGGGAAAUGUAUCAAGACAGCAAGAGUGAUAGGAGGAAGGAUAACCUGGAGAGUUCACUCACUAUUCAUCAUUUGACAGAAGAAAAAAAUAAACUGGAGGCCAACUAUGACAAAUUAGUUGAAGAUGUUCAUGAACUUUUGAAUGCCCAAGAGGAUAGGGUGCUGGAUUUCAGAUAUUUGCAGUCUAAGAGUGCAGAGGAUAGGAAUGCUGAGGUGAUCAACUCAGUUGUCUCAGAUAUGAAGACAGAGAUGGAGAAGAAAGAGGCAGAGAUCUUCAAGCUGCAAGGGAAGUAUGAAGUCCUUAUGAACCUGACAAAAGCCCAAGGCACUGUCAUCAGGAACCUGAAAGUUUAA